AUUUUGAAAAUGUUUAAAAUCAAUCCAUUUCCGUAUCCUCACAUGUAGCAUGUCGUGUGUCAAGGUACUCUAACUUUUUCGUGGCUAUAAUAAAGAUUACCGAAUUUACAUCAUUUUCAGCACUCAAUGGGGGGCAAAAAUAAACAACGAACUAAAGGCAACGUUCGGCCGUCAAGUAGCGGCCGGGCUGCCGAGGUGUUGACCCGGGAAAGUGGCGCCAUCCCGGGGUUCGUUGGUUUCGAUACAACGGUUUCUUCGGAGUUGAGCUACGUGCCUGCUUUCCAUGGCGCUGAGGAGCUCGACACCCUUGUCGAUGCAGAAUUCAGACUCGUGCUUAGGAAACUUUCCAAAAGGGAUGUCGUCACCAGACUGAAGGCUGUGCAGGACUUUGGAUCCAUGUGUCAGGAGCGUGGCGCUGAAGAUGUUAAAGGGGUCCUUCCGUAUUGGCCUCGAAUAUACUGCAAGAUUUCGGUGGACCAUGAUCGGCGCAUCAGAGAGGCCACCCAGCUGGCUCUUGAGCAGCUGGUGCUGAAGGUACGCCGCAGCUUGGCUCCCUUUCUGAAGAGCUUGAUGGGCCACUGGAUUCUGUCCCAAUGCGAUACAUACACACCGGCAGCUUCCGCUGCACGCCGAGCUUUCCAGGCCGCCUUCUCGGCCGCCAAGCAGCCGGAAGCUCUCAGCUUUUGCAAAGAUGAGAUCCUUAAUGUACUUCAAGAUAUUUUAUUAAAGGAUACUGCAGACACUCUCAGUGAUGCUCAGACCGUGACAGAGGAUGAGCGAGAAGCCAAAUAUUUGCGCAUGUUGACAAGCUCUCUUCUUGGGGUGAAGAGACUGCUCUCCCUGCUGCCCCAGAAUGACAUGGCCACCAUGGAGCACAGACUAGCUCAUCUUGUCAACCCUGCCAAGUUCUGGAAGUACAGCAGACACAAGGCACCUCAGGUAAGAGGAGCUUUCUUCGAGAUGCUAUGCGCUGUGUGCGAGUUGACGCCAAGCCUUGCGCAAAGUGAGGCACCGCGUCUCUGCCCAGCUGUUCUCCUCAGCAUCGACGACACGGACCCGCUAGUGCUACCUGCGGUGUGGGAGUCUGUUCUCCACGUAGCGUCCUCCAUAUCUGACUGCUGGACACACGUGAACCCAAAGAAGGGCUUCCUGCCAAAACUUUGGUCUCUCUUAAAAGAAGGGGGCAAAGGCAUGGCUAAAGCCCUUCAUCCCAAUUUGAUGCCAUUACUUAGCAAACUGCCUCAACAAGUCACCGACCCAGCCUUGGAGUUCCACACUACUUUCUUCACCUCACUCAUACUUGGCAUUUCCAGUGAGCGUGCAGCCAAUAGCCCCUCAGAAAGUGCCGUUAUUGUGACUGCUACCAUAGAGUGCUUGAGGUUCUGCAUUCUGUGCCAUUCAGCACAGGAGGAAGAAGAUCAGUGCAAAAUCCGGACCAUGCUUAUUUCACAGCAGCUCUUGCCGCUACUUGAAAAGGCUUUUGAGAACCCCACACUUCAGAAUGGUCCCCUGUUCCUGUUGGUCACCGAAAUGCUCGUUUCCUGGGAGAAGAGGGUAAGCGGAGAAUCUAAAGGACACAGGGAUGUCUUUCAAGGACUUGUGGCAGACUUCUGGGAGGAGCUCGGCAUUGUGUUUACCCGCCACACAGACAGCGAGGAAGCAUCUCUACAGGCUUUGGAGGGAAUCGCCGCUUUGCUGCAAGUGAUGCGCUACCCAGAAAGAGUCAACAAAAGACAUACGCUGAAGAAGUCCGUCAAGAUCAGUUUUUCUGAAUCUGAAGAUGGUGACAAGCCUGGCACGGAGGGAGGCGAGGUGGUGAAGACGGAGCUCACGUCGGCUAAUGUGUGCAGCUCUCCGCAGACGCGCCAUUUUGAGGAAGCGGUGUGCCAGCUGGUGCAACUGUGCCUGGUGCAUGUCAAUGAGAGAAGCUCCGAGAGACACCUUGUCUUCCUUUCCCUGCUGCUGCAGUCUUUUCACACAACUAAUAUCUUCACUACGUUAGUCGAGUUGGAUGAUGAAGGCAGCGAGCCGAGAGCCGAGGGGCGUGCAAACAAUCCGGCCGUGCGCUUCCUUCUGGAACGAGUGGUGCCGUGGUUGGCAGACAAAGAGCGGACAGACACGGAGCACCUCGUGGAGAUGGUCUUCAGCUCAUUGUCUUGCUGCAGCCGCCAGGAAACCACCCGCAUCCUUGACCACAUUACUGCGAUGGAACUGCAUUGUGGAAUCACUUUGCAAAUCAUCCAGAGGGCGUGUGCUGAACAAGACACGCUUGCGAAUUGUAGAGAGUGGCUCAAAGGUUCAGCUCUGGGCGAGCAUCUCCUCGCCUUGACCCAGGAGCUCUGCAAGGUCAGACCUGGCUGCUCCAGCUUUGCCUCUUCGAGCAGCCGCCACAGUUGGACCCUCAUCAGCUUGGUUCUCUCACAGCAUCACAACAAUGAACCUCUGAUCGGGGCGGCGUACAUGGAGAAGAUCUUAGAGAACCUGCAUGCAACGUUGUCUGAGACCAAAAGUCUAUCAGACGCAGGCAACAUAGAGCCUCUUGUGUCCUUCAUCUGCGACGUGGCCUCCACCUUCUUCUCGUCUGUGCAAAACUGUCUGCUCCUUCCUUCAGCCGAGGAACUGCUGUUCACCGUCUUUCAGCUCAUCGCCCAAGAUCAAACCCACACUUAUCUGUCUGACUCCCUCUUAGAUAAAUUGGGGAAGGUAUGUGUCGCCGGGGUCCAGUCACUGGUCCAGCACUCUGAGUAUGAAGUGGCACAAGGUGGUUUCCUGCACAGUGCUGCCAUCUGGGUGCAGAGCAGAUUACUCACUGCGUCUUUGGACAUCAAAAGUUUGCGAUAUUUAGUCCUGGCUGUACAGAGUGUCGUGGAGACCAUCACUUCUGUCUGCGGUCAAGACUCUGCCAUCCUUUCCCAUUUCUUUACCCACUUGAUGCCCAACAUCAAUGGAUGGGCAAAACUCAGACAGGCCUUGCCUUCACAUCACCUGUCUCCUCUGAAGUGGGUCAAGGCACCUUUGCUGGCGAGCCGUUACAGAGGAGUUUGCGAGACCUCCCGCGAGGACAUGUGGAAACUGAAAAUGGCCAAAGUCUUACCAGCCCAUUUAUGCAUAUGCGCCCUGCUUGGAAAGGUGUCUCGUGCUGCCUCACUUUCAAACUGGAACCAAAAGAAUGACAAGUGCCAACGACAGCUGCCAAACCUGAUGCACACGGUUGCCGAGCUGCUAUAUGCACUGCAGUGGUGUAAGGAGGUGGAGCAUGCCCCCACUCUUGUGUCCACCUAUCACGGCCUUCUCACUGAGUGGGAGCUAUCUGAAGGUCUGCAUGACUUGGUUGCAACCACAGAUUUGCUGGAGAUGCUCUACUCAAGAUCAGUCGAGCUUGGUGGUCUGUGGUCUCUGACGCUGGAAAAUUACAUUCGCACCCACAACCUGGCAGCCACUCACAGCGCGAGCUUGAGGAAGCUGUACGGCUCUGUGGAUAGUUUGUGCCCAAUGUCACCAAGCAAACUGAGUACGCUGCAGGUGCUCUGCCCCAUUAUGACACAGGAAGAGCGACAGAGUCUGGUUGCCCUGGCGACGGCAGGAAUCAUCAACUGGGAAGAAGAUGACAACGUGUACGGGAAUGUGGUGGUGCUGUUGUGUUGUCUGCAAGCUGACACGCAAGUGGAGGUAGAGGUGGUGCCGGCCAUCUUGUCCACUAUGAUGGAGUGGAGGAUCCAUAAAGAGGAUUGGUUCCUCUUUGGCAGUGACCUAUCCAAGGCAACUACACAAGAGCUGAACCUUACAGUGGAACUGAUGCGGUUCCUGUCCUGGCUGGUGACACGCUGUCCGACAAUUCUCGGGAAUAGCCAGUGGGAUUUCUUACUCUGUGCAAUGUUAGCCUGGUUGGAGGUGGCCAGCGAGAACGUGAGCAGCCUGUGGAAUCCAUGGGUGCAGCUGCUUGCAUGCGAAAGCGCUGCUCUGGUUGUGAACCUAAGCCGGUUCUUUGCGUCAGCCCCGCCUGAUGUCCUGGAGAAGCUUCCGUCAGAACUGGUAGCAGAAUGGCAAGAUUUUUUUGUUGACGGAAUCUACAACCUGCUCUUCCCCAUGCCUGUCAAUAUCACAGAUGCCUUCAAAGAACCCGAUGACCCCGUCUUUCCUCUGGCGGUGCUGCAGUCGUUCGGCGUGGCUCUGACCUAUGCGCCCGUGCAGCAGCUGAACCAGAACUCCCUGCCGGCAAAAUUUGUAGCAGACCAGAAGACCAACCUGCCGCAGCCUCUCCAGACGCUUCUCAACACUUUCUGUCCUCUGCUUGUCUUCAAGGCCCGCCCUCUUCAAGUCACGGUCUACCACUUGUUGGCAAAGGUCAUGCCUCAACUGCCUGAAUGUGAUGGAGAAGGAGACGGCAGCAAGUCUGAAGAUGACGGUGAUGAGCCAAACCUCUCUCCUCCGGCUGCUUUGAUGGCAGUGCUGUCAACGUGUGAGGAGUUGUGCGACAGCAUCCUGGCAGGACUUCAAGUCGGAGAGUUUGCGAUGGUCUCGCCUCACAGCGUGGAGUACUCGUGCAUCCUGGGCUACCUGCUGGCCUGGAAGCUACUUCUCACCUUUUUCAGGUCAUCGCCCUCCCAUCUGCGUGCCCAUUAUGCCCAGUAUCUUAAGAAAACCUCCUCCCUCAGCAAGCUCCUCCUUCACCUCUUCAAACUGAUGCCUGAGAAUCCUAUCUUUCCGGGCCAAUCAGCAGAAACGAGAGACACCAAAACCUACUUCACAGAGAAUCUCACUCUGGCGGUUAAUGAAAGUGAUGACAUCGAGCGGGAGCUACCCCACCUGGCGUGUAGCGUUUACUAUGACACGGUGCAGGACUUGCCCGCUAUGGUGCGGCUGUGGUGGAAUAGUCAGGAGAAACGUGUGAGUGGCACCGUGGAGAAGUUCACGACCAAAUACGUCAGUCCAGUACUCUCGGCGCAGGAGAUCUCGUCGGUCCACAGCAGCACGCAAAUGUUUGAAAGCAUGACGGUAAAAGCCCGCUCUGCCGCGCGGGAGGUGAUUGCCACCUACUCGGUGGACGAGAUUUUCAUCGAGCUGGUGAUUCAGCUGCCGCAGAGUCACCCUCUGGGCUCUGUGGUGGUCGAGAGCGGGAGGCGGGUGGGCGUCUCUGUGCAGCAGUGGAGGAACUGGAUGCUGCAGCUCAGCACCUACCUCACUCAUCAGAACGGCACCAUCAUGGAAGGCCUGGCACUGUGGAAGAACAACGUGGACAAGCGCUUUGAGGGAAUCGAGGAUUGUAUGAUUUGCUUCUCCGUUAUCCACGGCUCCAACUACUCUCUGCCUAAGAAGGCCUGUCGUACUUGCAAGAAGAAAUUCCACUCCGCGUGCUUGUACAAAUGGUUCACAUCCAGCAACAAGUCCACAUGUCCACUGUGCAGAGAGUCCUUCUUCUAAUGCACAGGCCAUGUUUCAAAACUUCAUUCGGUUAUGAUUACCGUAUUUGCUGAACCUCCUUCCUUUUGAGCCCCCUUUUGACCAAAGCAACAAUUUGUUGAAAGAUCUGUCUGGAACAUUGACACCAAUCAAUCCAGUUAAACAUGUCUUUGGGAGUGAAUGAUUUAAAUAUUGCAGAUUUAAAAGUGACUGUUGGAACGGAAUUAUUUUACAAACUGAACAAAGGCAUGCAGUGUUCAAUCGAAGGUCAUACAUGUUUUCCUAAUAUUUAGGAGUGUAAAGAAAUGUGACAUCCACGCAGGUACACCACUUCAUCGUUAGAGUAGAUUUUAAUUCCAAAAUACAACCAGACAUCACAUGUACUCAGCCUGAAUAAUGUGCGAUAAUCUCAUUGUGUCUGAUUGCAGCUGUUCAUCAUGCUGCACAAGACAAUAAAGUUGAACUGGAUUGUU